AUGGACGCAGCAGACGUCGCGUGGGUGCUGCGCGGCACCGUCGUCAGCUCUCGGCCCGACCGCACGCUCAGCAUCCGCCCAGACCAGCUCGUCGUCGUCAACCAGCGUGGCUACAUCUCGCAUCUCGAAGCGGCCGACACGGCGCAGUCCAAGGCGCUCCUGAGCCUUGUCGAGGCGGGUCAAGUGGGGCGAGAGCGAGUCGUCGACUUGGGCGAGGACGGCUGGGUCCUGCCGGGCUUCGUCGACACGCACAUCCACGCGCCGCAGUACAUCAACUCGGGCAUGGCUCUCGACAAGCCGCUCAUGGAAUGGCUCGAGGCGUACACGUUAAGAGCCGAAUCGCGCAUCGACCGCGAUCCGCACGGCCUCGGUGCCCGGGUCUACGCCAAGCUCGUGCAGCGCAUGCUCGAGAACGGCACGACGGCGGCGAGCGUCUUUGGCACCAUCUCGGUCGAGGCCAACCUCGUCCUCGCCAAGGCGUUUCUUGACGCCGGCUUACGCGGUCAGAUCGGCAAGGUCGCCAUGGACCAGCACUCGAUUCCGACCUACGUCGAGACGACCUCGUCCUCGCUCUCGUCCACCCGGUCGUUCAUCUCGGCCGUGCGCGAGCUCGUCGCGCCCCUAGCGCCCGAGCAGCAGAUCGUCGAGCCAGUCGUGACGCCGCGCUUCGUGCCGACGUGCAGCAUGGACCUGUUGCGAGGCCUGAGCGACCUCGCGCGCGAGACGGGCGCCCGGAUCCAGAGCCACAUGUGCGAGAGCGAGGGCAUGGUGCGCGUCUGCAAGGACAUGCUCGGUGGCAAAAGCGACGUCGCGGUCCUCAACGAGCUCGGCCUCCUCAACGAGCGGUCCCUCAUGGCGCACUGCACGCACACGACCGCUCCCGACCUCGCUCUCCUCGCCAGCACGGGAACCGCGAUCGCGAGCUGCCCGCUGUCCAACGUCUACUUCAGCAGCGAGCGCCAGCUCCCGUUGCGCGAGGCGUGGACGGCCGGCGUCAAGGUCGGCCUCGGGAGCGACAUCAGCGGCGGGUACCGCCUCGGGCUCGACGACAACAUGCGGUGGGCCGUCGGCAUCUCGCGCAUGCGCGAGGGGCAGCGCGACGCUGUCCGAGUCGCGCCCGAGGACGGCGAGGCCGACGAGGGCUCGCUCGCCAUUACGUGGCAGGAGUCACUGUUCCUCGCGACGCUCGGCGGCGCACAGGCGCUCGGACUCGACGGCGACGAGCGCCGCGUCGGCGUGCUCGAGGUCGGCUCGGCGUUCGACGCGCAGUUUAUCGCGCUCGGCGACAGGCGCAGCCGGGUCGACUGGUUCGACCUCGCCGACGAAGCGGUCGACGGGCAGCGUGACGGCGAGGAGGGAGCAACAGCAGCAGCAGGGCACAAGGUGACGCUCGAAGAGAAGGUCGAGAAAUGGUGGAGCAACGGGAGCGAGGUGGACCGCCGAGCAGUGUGGGUACAAGGGCGACGGGUCUAUGAGCGAGACGAGUCGUAGCUCGGGUCGAGUCGAAGCAACGACGAGGCUGUAUUUCAGGCUCC